AUGAUCGCACCACAGACGAUUGGCCCGGACCACGGUGCAACUAAGCAAAGAUUGGGGGUUACUAGUAUCAAGACUUCUAUAGGGGAGCUAUAUGUGCAGCAGCAUAUAGACAGCGCGCUAGUGACCAUCUCGGAGACGGGUAAAAUCAGUCAUGUGAUUCGUGUUGUUUCUGUUGGAUCUCAGCCGGAAACCACCAUUCUAUUUGGAAGCAGGUGCGAGACAGAUCUUAGGCUCUUGGCCCGGGAGCUUUGGCGGAAGCUUGGCUGCGAGGUUAUUCUUUGCAUAGGUGUCCAGAAACGAGCGUAUCCAGAGUUAAAGAAGAUCCUUAAUCUAUAG